ACAGAUCACCUUGGUCCAGUUGAUGCAGGAUCCUUCUGCCCUCUAGGAAAAGAUGUUGGUGGUUUACAAAGUUACCGUGUACACUGGAGAUGCUGCUCAUGCCAGCACUUUCCACAAUGUCUACAUCACCCUGGUGGGCACAGGUGGUCAGAGCGAAUCCGUGGAGCUCACAAGCUGGUUACCAUCCUUCCACGAAAGAAGUGUUAAAAACUGCAAGGUGAAAUGCUCCAAGCCACUCGGUGAGCUUUUAGUCAUCAUCCUUAGGAAAGAGCACCACAUCCUCUUCCCAAACAGCCCAUGGUUUGUUGCUAAAGUAGAGGUGAAAUCUCCGAUGGGAGAUAUCUACCUCUUCCCCAUCUACAAAUGGAUCACUGACUGCGAGGAGCACUACUUCAGAGAAGGAUCCGCUGUUCUUUUCAGUCAAGAAAAACAUGACAUCACCAAACUAUGCUGGACGAAAGAUAUCGUUGAACAACAGAGACUCUAUAACUGGGCUGAGUAUAAAUCUGGAUUACCACACAUCAUGGAAGCAGAGACCUGUAGUGCAUUGCCUCUUGAUGUGCGUUUCUACUUCACAAAGGAACUAGAGAUGGCCUACACUGCAGUUAAAGCACUUGUGGAGCUGAAAUUGGUAGAAUUGGCUGAGUGCAAGGAGAAGUUCAGAAGCAUUGAAGAUAUUCAGUGUCUGUACAGCUGCCACCGCACUGAAAUAUCUGAUUAUGUCCAUGACCACUGGAAGGAGGAUUCCUUCUUUGGCUACCAGUUCCUGAAUGGAGUAAACCCCAUGGUGAUCUGCCGCUGUCGAGCUCUGCCUCAAAACUUUCCUGUCACUGAUGAGAUGGUCUUCAAGGGCAGUAACCAGCGUCUGAAAGAUGAGAUGAAGAAAGGCAACAUCUUCCUGUGUGACUACAAGAUCCUGGAUGGAGUGAAAGCAAACAUCGUAAAUGGGAAGCAGCAGUACCUGGUGGCUCCUCUUGUUCUGCUGCACAAAACUCCUGAUGACAAACUGAUGCCGAUUGCAAUCCAGCUCAAGCAGACUCCGGCAAAGGACAAUCCCAUCUUCCUUCCUACUGACUCGGAGUGGGACUGGUUGUUGGCCAAGACAUUUGUGAGGAAUGCUGAUUUUAACCUGCAUCAACUAAGUUUUCACCUGCUGCGCACCCACCUGCUUGCUGAGGUGUUCACAGUGGCUCUGCUGCGCCACCUGCCCAUGAUGCACCCUCUUUACAAGCUUCUCAUGCCUCACACUCGCUACACUCUGAUGAUCAACUUUUUGGCACGAAAGCUCCUCAUAUCUGAUACAGGCGUUUUCACCAGGUUCGCAUCCUCUGGGGGAGAAGGUAUGCUCACCAUCCUGAGGGAGGCGCUGUCCUCUGUGACGUACAGAUCCCUCUGUUUACCAGACGACAUCUCUGACCGUGGGCUGGAAGAUGUGCCCAACUUCUACUACAGAGAUGAUGGACUGAAACUGUGGAACAUCAUCUACAGGUUUGUGAAGGGAACACUCAGCUUCUACUACAAGGACGAUAAGAUGGUCCAGGAUGACCAGGCUCUGCAGGAGUGGAUCUAUGCAAUAUAUUCAAACGGAUUCACUAGUGAGAAAAAGACAGAUAUUCCAAUGAGACUGAACACUGUGAAAGAGUUGCUGAAGUUUGUCACCAUGGUGAUCUUCACCUGCUCAGCACAGCACUCUGCUGUGAACUCUGGACAGUACGACUUCAUCGGCUGGAUGCCCAACACCCCAGUCUCCCUGGAGGGUCCUCCACCAUCCAGAAAGGGAGAAGCUACGGAGGCUACGAUGUUGGACACCUUUCCCUCUAUUGAUGUUACAGUACAUGGGAUGGCAACAGUCUGGCUGCUCAGCAAGCAGUCCUCAGAUUCAGAGUAUCUUGGUAACUACCCAGAGCAGCGUUUCACCGACAAGGUUCCCCUGGAGAAGAUAAAGACCUUCAAACAGCAGCUUAAAAACCUGCAUAAGCAAAUCAAAAAGAGAAACAAACGUCUAGAACUGGCUUACACAUACCUGGACCCGAAGGUGGUGGAGAACAGCGUGAGCCUUUAAGCGUUGCUUCCUUCCAGGUUUCUGCCUGAAUGAGAAAGCCUGGUUAAGGCUAGUCUGUGGUUCUUCGACAAUACUUUGUAUUGUCUUGUACUGAAUUGUGCUAUGGAAAUAAAUUUGCCUUGCCUUGCCUUGCCUUGCCUAUUGCUUCAUAUCUUAGAUCCUGAGCUUAUAUCUUAGAAAAUUUACGUGAUUCUUGUUUGAAGUAAAAUCCAAUUGUUUCUGAAUCUGUACCUGAGAUCUUUGAAGCUUUUGCAAUGAAAUAAAAACCAGAAAAAAAAUCUUCUUGGUGCUAGAAUUAUUUCACCUCUGCUGGGGGUUUAAAUAGUGAUUAUGACUGUUUAACAAUUGUGGGAGAUUUCAACAUCCAUGUUGAAGAUCCAAAAGACAGAGAAACACAAAGCUGUGUGAUGUAUCGGAUAACUUUGGUUUGACUCAACAUAUCAAACAAGCAAUGCACAAUUGAGGACAAACUCUGGACUUUAUUAUCACCAAGGGUGCAAAUAUUUCCAAAAUCUCUGUAAUUGAUGUCGCCCUGUCGGAUAAUUUCUGUUAUACAUUUUUUUUUUUUUCAGU